AUGUUGAAGGAUGAAAAUGGGCGUCCGUUCAUUGUGGUCCGAGACCAGGGGAAGAAGAAGAGAGUACAUGGCAACGAGGCCGUCAAGUCGCACAUUGUUGCUGCCAAGACAGUGGCUAGCAUUGUUAAGACUUCUCUGGGUCCCCGCGGUCUCGACAAGAUUUUGAUCUCCCCCGACGGUGAUAUCACGGUCACGAACGAUGGCGCAACCAUUCUCGGUCAGAUGGAGAUCACGAACAACGUGGCCAAGCUGCUGGUCGAGCUCUCCAAGUCGCAGGAUGAAGAAAUCGGUGACGGGACAACGGGUGUCGUGGUGCUGGCAGCGGCUAUGCUGGAACAGGCCUCUGAACUCAUCGACAAGGGCAUCCACCCCAUUCGGAUAGCAGACGGAUACGACCAGGCCUGCGAGAUUGCCGUCGCAGAGCUUGACAAGAUCAGUGAUGAGAUCCCCUUCUCCCGCGAUGAUACCUCCAACCUCUUGCAGGUUGCCAAAACCAGCUUGGGCAGCAAGAUUGUCUCCAAGUCUCAUGACCAAUUCGCCAAGAUCGCCGUUGAUGCCGUGCUCUCGGUUGCGGAUCUCCAGCGCAAGGAUGUCGACUUCGAGCUGAUCAAGGUUGACGGAAAGGUGGGCGGCUCUCUCGAGGACUCGCUGCUUGUCCAGGGUGUGAUCGUCGAUAAGGAUUUCUCGCACCCUCAGAUGCCCGAUGAGGUCCAGGACGCCAAGCUGGCCAUCCUGACUUGCCCGUUCGAGCCCCCGAAGCCCAAGACCAAGCACAAGCUGGACAUCACGUCCGUGGAGGAGUUCAGGAAGCUCCAGGAUUACGAGAAGAACAAGUUCACGGAGAUGAUCCAGAAUCUCAAGGACUCGGGUGCCAAUCUGGUCAUUUGCCAGUGGGGUUUUGAUGACGAGGCCAACCAUCUCCUUCUCCAGAACCACCUGCCUGCUGUUCGGUGGGUUGGUGGUCCCGAAAUUGAGCUAAUUGCCAUUGCCACGAAUGGUCGUAUUGUGCCGCGAUUUGAGGAUCUGAGCGCGGACAAGCUGGGCACUGCGGGUCGUGUUCGUGAGAUGACUUUUGGAACCACGAGGGAGAAGAUGCUGGUCAUUGAGGAGUGUGCCAACAGCCGGGCAGUGACCGUCUUCAUCCGUGGAAGCAACAAGAUGAUCAUCGAUGAGGCCAAGCGGUCAUUACACGAUGCCCUGUGUGUGGUGCGCAACCUUGUCCGAGACAACCGUGUGGUGUACGGUGGAGGUGCAGCGGAGAUUGCUUGCUCUUUGGCCGUGGAAGAAGCCGCUGUCAAUAGCCCCGGUAUUGAGCAGUACGCCAUGCGCGCCUUCGCUGAUGCGCUGGAUGCCGUGCCAAUGGCGCUGGCCGAGAACUCUGGUUUGAGUCCGAUUGAGACCCUGGCAUCGAUCAAGUCGCGUCAGGUCAAGGAGAAGAACACCCGCCUGGGUGUUGACUGCAUGAUGACUGGUACCAACGACAUGAGGGAGCACUUUGCCAUUGACCCGCUGAUCGGGAAACGCCAGCAGCUGCUGCUCGCGACCCAGCUGUGCCGCAUGGUUCUUAAGAUCAACAACGUUAUCAUCUCCGGUGAUGACGACCAAGAAUUCUAG